AUGGCCUCCCUCGACUUGAACACACUCUUUGGCGUGAAGGGAAAGACCGUCCUCAUCACGGGCGGAAGCAGGGGGAUCGGGAGGAUGAUCGCCACAGGCUUCGUGCAGAACGGCGCGAAGGUGUACAUCAGCUCUCGCUCGGUCAAGGACUGUCAGGAAACCGCGGCUGAGCUCAAUAAACUCGGUCCUGGAAAAGCCUUUGCUCUGCCCGCGGACAUGCAGAAGCUCUCUGACGUCGACCACCUUGUUGCCGAACUCAGCAAGCACGAGAAGGCACUGCACGUACUCGUAAACAAUGCUGGUGCCGCGUGGGGUGACGAGAUCGACCAGUACCCGGACCAAGCUUUCUCCAAGCUCCUCACGCUCAACCUCCAACGCGUGUUCACCUUGACGCAGAAGUGUCUUCCGCUUCUGCGCGCGGCCGCGGAACAAGGCGGCAAGGACGAGCAGACUCAGAUUUACAGGGACCCUGCUCGCAUCAUCAACAUUGGCUCUGUCGAGGGACUUGGGGUCCCCGCACACGAAACGUACGCAUACUCGGCGUCGAAGGCCGGCCUUCAUCACCUCAGCCGUCACCUCGCCGGCCGUCUCGGUGGCGAGGGUAUCACCAGCAACACCAUCGCAUGUGGACCGUUUGAGAGCAAGAUGAUGGCACACACUUUGAAGACCAUGGGCGACGUUCUUCGGUCACAGAUCCCACUGAACCGUAUCGGUACUCCAGAGGAUGUUGCAGGAACGGCGUUGUAUUUGUCAAGUCGCGCGGGUGCCUAUACCAACGGUGCCACUAUCACUGUCGACGGCGGUAGCUUAACGUUCAUGGGACCGACUGCUCGUCUCUAG